UCCGGUAAACCAGGAUGGCGUGGAUAAGUUGUGCACGGAAUUUAUGUUUAGUUUUAUUUUGUUUAUUGUCUGAAAACAAAAAUGUUUUCGCUGAUGGCGUACUCGGGUGUGGAGGAUUCGUCAAAUCGGACGUUGAUAUCAAUUUUUCUCUGGUUGAGGUUAAGCUGUACACUCCACACGGCAGUAUGAAGUACCAGACAGACUGCGCCCCCAACACGGGCUACUACCUCAUCCCACUCUAUGACAAGGGCGACUUUCUGCUCAAGGUGGAGCCACCUAAGGGAUGGAGUUUUGAGCCUGAAAGUGUGGAGCUCCAAGUGGACGGCGCCACAGACAAGUGCAGUCUCGGGGAGGACAUCAACUUUAAGUUCACAGGCUUCUCCAUCACUGGAAAGGUGAUCAGCAAAGGUGAGACUGAUGGUCCGUCAGGGGUCAAGGUCACAGUUACACCUGCUGGGAAAGAUGAGGUGCUGCAGACAGUUACCACGGCAACGGAUGGAAGUUUCAGCUUCUCCCACAUCCUGCCUGGCGACUACGUCGUGAAGGCGACGCACCCAACGUGGCGCCUCCAGCAGGGUGAGACGAAGGUGACCGUUGCCAGUGACAACGCCAACACAGGAAGCAGCCUGGUAAUUGCUGGGUAUGAUGUCAUGGGUUCCGUGUCCAGUGAAGGGGAUCCGAUUAGAGGGGUGAACUUCGUACUCUUCUCCGAUAAAGUUAAAAAACAGGACGUGUCUGGCUGUGAGAGUAAGCCCGUCAAGGGAUUCACAUCCACGAUGGGAACACCCCUGUGUCACGUGAUAUCGGCAGCAAACGGUGCCUUCAGCUUCCCGUCUCUACCUACUGGCAAAUACACCAUCGUGCCCUUCUAUAAAGGCGAGCACAUCACAUUUGACGUGGUUCCAGCCAAGCUGGAAUUUGUUGUUGGCCAUCAGUCAAUCAAACUGGAGAAGGGGUUCCAGGUGGCAGGCUUUUCAGUGUCCGGACGAGUACUGGAUGCACCCAAGGGUGUGGGUAUUGGCAAGGCCAAGGUAACCUUGGACGGCAAGGCGCAGACGACCACUGCCUCUGACGGCCUGUAUCACCUGGACAACAUGAAGACCGGCACCUACACUCUCAAUGUGGAGACUGACCACAUCUUCUUUGAUGAGCUGAGUGUGAAGAUCACGCCAAACACUCCCCAGCUGCCUGACAUCGUGGCCUCGGGGUUCAGCAUGUGUGGCGAGGUGGUCAUCGACCGUGUUCCCGAGGGGCUCAACCAGGUCCCCGUUCAGAGGAAGGUCAUCUACUAUCCCGAAGGUCGCGGGUCUGACGCAGUGUCCAUCACCACGGACUCUGCUGGCAAGUUCUGUGCCCGAGUCAAACCAGGCAAAUAUGUCGUCAAAGUUCAUCUGAGCGAGCAGGAGGUGAAGGCAGGUCUGACCCUGGCUCCAGCAGAACGGGUUGUCAUCAUCAAGAGCAAGCCUGUGUCCGACGUCCGCUUCUCUCAGUUCCGGGCCAAGGUGCAUGGAGCUGUUACAUGUAUGGAGAAGUGCGGCCACAUAGACAUGUCUCUGGACUCCCUCAGUCGCGCUGACUCCAAGCAGGUGGUGCAGGUUCAAGAAUCAGCGAAGGGAAAUACAUUCUCCUUUGAAAACGUUUUACCUGGAAAAUACAAAGUAACGAUGCUACAGGACAGUUGGUGCUGGAAGGACAAGACUCUGGAGAUUGAGGUUGUAGACCAGGAUCUGACUGGAGUUGACUUUGUCCAGACCGGAUACAUCCUCAAGUGCAGCAUCUCACAUGAAAUAACACUGAAUUUUGCCCAUGAGAAGAAGUCUGGGAGUGUUGGAUCCUUCCAGUUGAACAAGGGGACAAACCGGUUCUGUCUGGCUCAACCUGGUGUGUACCGGCUCACUCCAGAUUCCUGUCACAAGUUUGAGAAGGAUGUCUACACGUAUGACACGUGGAACCCUCUCAUGGUGACGUUGAUGGCCGUGCAGCAUCUCACCCAUGGCUCCAUCAGCACACAGGACAAGGUGGACGACAUCAAAGUUGUCAUCACGUCCUCGGUGUCCGAUGCCCCGACCGUCCUCGGUCCUCUCAAACCAGAAGCCUCGAAGGACAACAAGCAGCCGGCUAAAGGACCGUUUGUGUACAAGUUCUCCCACUGGGCAAAGACCGGGGAGAAGCUGAUGUACACAGUGAAAUCUGCCGAGCUGCUGUUCUACCCUCCCGCUGUUGACACAACCAUCAUUGGAGACCUCUGCCCCGGGGAGGUGGCCGUGUUCGAGGGCAAGAGGGGAGUGUUUAUCUUGGGGCAGGUGAAGCCUGCACUGGAAGGGGUGAAGAUCUCCGUCACCGCCCAGGACGGCUCCAUCGACACCAUCGUCCUCCACACAGAGGCCUCUGGGAAGUUCAAAGUGGGCCCCCUACACAGCGACGUGAUGUAUGACGUGUCUGCGGAGAAGACCGGCUACAUGCUCACCAAGGAGAAGGGCCAGCAGGCUGUCUUCAGGGCAUUCAAACUCGGGGAGGUGCAGGUCACAGUUGUGGACGAGGCCAAACGUGCGCUGUCAACGGUGCUGUUGUCUCUCAGUGGCGGCAACCAGUACCGCAGCAACAACGUCACCGGCGACAAUGGAACCAUCGCCUUCACUGCUCUGAGUCCUGGCCAGUACUUCCUGCGCCCCAUGAUGAAGGAGUACAAGUUCGAGCCAUCCUCCCAGAUGAUCGACGUUCAGGAGGGAACAACACGCAAGAUCACCAUCACCGGAGCCAGAGUGGCCUACAGCUGUUACGGCCGGGUGACGUCCCUGAACGGGGAGCCAGAGCCUGGCAUUGUGGUGGAGGCGGUGGGCCAGGACAAGUGUUCCGGGUACCAGGAGGAGAGCAAGACGGAGCAGGACGGAACCUACCGCAUCAGGGGACUGGAGCCCAAGUGUGAUUACGUGCUGCGCCUGAAGGGUGGCGAGGUGAACACGCACAUAGAGAGGACAGCCCCAAAGUCCAGGGUACUCAAGGUUGACAGUAAAGACUUCCAGGACGUGAACGUGAUUGCCUUCCGCCACCUCAACCAACUGGACAUCAGUGGCAACAUCAUCGUGCCCCAGGAGCACCUGGCCUCCCUCAAGGUGCUGCUGUACCGUGAGGACUCCCCCGACAGCCCCAUCCACACCAUCAACAUGGCCGUCACCACCUUCUUCUACAUGCCCUCCCUCCCCAUCGAUAGCAAGGUGUACACCAUACGGGUGGAGAGCACCCUCCACAAGGGCAUGUAUGACUACUCACUCCCCGAAGUACUGUUCACCGCCAACACCACCUACCAUCACUUCACACUCGUCUUCCAGCCGAAGCGCAAAUCCCUGGAGCAGGAGUUGAGUAGCGGCUCCUUCCUCCUCCUUCCCCUCCUCCUCGGAGCCGUCUACCUCGCCUACAACUACCAGAAGGUCCUGCCGUUCAUGAGUCAGGGCAUCGACCAGGUCCAGAGCAUGAUGAAGCCUCCGCAGUACGACGUGAUGACCGCCACGCCCGAACCCAUGCAGGACAUCAGUGCCGCCGCCGCCGCCAGGAAGAAAGCCAAGCCUCGCAAGACAUGAUCGUCAUGACGAUGGGAAUCAAUCAUUUGUUAAUCAUGUACCGGACUCUCUCAUGAAGUUGUAUCAUUAUUGUGUGGAAUUCUGCAUGUAUGAAAGUCAUGUGAAAACUGGGUUGUAAGUGUGAAUUUUGCCCAAAUUAGAAUGUGUUCACAAGAAGUAUAUUCAUCCAUAUUUUAAUACAAGUCUCCUUUGAUUCUAAAUUAAAUCUCGGGUUCGCCCCGAUUAUGUUACUAGGUUUGUAAGCACCAUACUUGUUGGAUUCGUCAAAAUGGUAAUCGUCCAAGACUUGCAUUAUUUCGAGCUUUCCUCACGCAUUAAGCUAAAAAACCAUCAUACGACUGAAAUACUGUUAAUAGCAGCAUUAAACCCAUCUCGCUCACUAUUUAUAACAUUUAUGUCAGUUUGAGAUUGACGUAACUAUCCACGGGGAAUUAGUAUAGCAUUAUGUUGAUGGCAGUCAUUGGGAUUAUUUCCCAACCAGACCUUGUGAGAGCAAGUGUGAGAUGUCGAGGAGUUUUAUGUGGUGUUCUUUAGGGCUGUAACCAUUGACAGGAAUGCCCGUGUUACAGGACAGCUUGUGUAUAGCUUCCAUAAUACUUACAGGGCAAUUACAUACCCCUUCUGUUUCUGUAAAACACUCUAUAGUGUACACCAAUCUCAUUAAAAUCAGAUCUUAGUUCUCGCUAUCGCUAAACAAAGGUCUGAGGACAUACCAGUAUGGGUCACGUCAGAACCUUUCAUCCAACCAAUCAGAGCGUCGCUUAACAGA